CUGGCUGGAGCUCCCUGGGGAAAGUUGGGGCCUCAUGGGUAGGGGCCUGCAGCAUGCGUUUGUCGGGGACCAGGCUGGGUUCAGUGUGUGGAUAUGUAUGGUAUCUGUACCCUCUCCCCAUGGAGCUGUAGUAGAAGAUUAGGUGACACUGGACCCCCUAAUCUGCAGGCCAUAGAGGGAACGUGGGACAUCUCCAGGCCAACUCCUUUUCUUACUGAUGAGCAGAGCUUGAGUAGGUGACAUCAACAGGAUGUGGCGUUUCAGGAUGAGCCUUGAAUCGCAUGAAAUGAAUUAAACCUCACAACUCCUUGGAACAGGAACCUGUUUUCAUAUGUGUACAUGGUUUUCACAAUGUGGUGGACUAAGUUGGACAUGAUACUCUGAUAAGGGUCUGACUGCUGCAGAGUAUAUUGGAACCCCUGGGCUAGGAUUCAGAAAGAUUCUAGCUCCUUGCCUGCCAGGAACCGAUGGUUUGACCUUGGACAAGCCACUUCCCCUGUCUGGACUUCAUGCUCGUCAUCAGUAAAGUGAGAGACUUGCAAACCCCAGUGACUAUGCUGCUGGAAGGACUGAGCUGACUUUCGAAAGUGAGAGUGGCAUGCGGUCCUUAACAUCUCUGGUCUUUAACAACUCCCAUUGAGACCCCUGGCCUGGGGUGUGGAAGAACCACAGACCUGGAACCAGAGGGCCUGGGCUUCUACCCCAGAGAUUCUUUACACAUGGUUUCUUAGGGUUAUGAACAAGGAAGCUGAAUGAAGUUCCUUUCCUUUCUGGGUGAGCCCCUGGGUUUCUGGAAGAUCCUUAAAAUCUUAAAAUGGCUUCUGAACACUGAAGCUCAAGCUGUUAGCUGGCCUGUGUGAGGACAUGAGACAGAAUGCCACAGCCACACCCCAAGGAUGCUGAAGGGGGUUUCCCUCUUCUGUGGUUUUUCUUUCUCCUCGCAGGGCUCCUCCUACAUGGAAGAGGAGGGCAAUGAAGAAAUGGAAUGGAUCUCAUUUUUCCAUCUCUGACCUUUCCUGUGCUCCUUUCCACUUAGUAGAGGAAAGGUGUAGCCGAGUAGGGAGGAACACAGAAGUCACAGCAGUUCCAGCAAAAUCAGAGGUUCCAUGGAAGAGGUGCACACAGCAUGUGGCAACAGGGAAGACUUGACCGGGGGAUGGAUAGAGAUUCCACUGAGGAGGUCUUUCAGCUGUACUCUGCGCAAGGCUCCACAGUGGCUCCCACCACCCAACUAUUCUACUGCUACCAGAGAAAAUGGUUUGGCUUCCAAUCUGGCCCCACACUCCUUUCCAUCCUCUCUUCUGCUGGCUCCUCUCUGCUUCCGUCCCUCCUCACUCCACUAAUUUUCUGAAAGUAAUAAGAAGAGGAAGCCUGAGUCUGUGCUCAAGUGUUCGGGGAGCAGAGAUGUAUUGAGAGCCCGUCAGAGCGCAGCCCAGGAAAUGGACCUUCAAUGGGUAUGCUGACAGCACACCAUCACCCUGCCGAGGCAUAUACCAUGAGGAAAAGGUUUGGACCAUAUCCAGAGUACUGCAUCCAAGUCUGGCCAACCCCCUUCCUCACUGUGAGGUUAUCUAUGCUUCUCUUGUGUGGCUCCUGGAAACUACCUAGCACCUGUGGCCAGAAGCUGUGGGGAAAAGGAGCAGAUUUCAUCUCUGUAAGAAACUUCCUUGUGGUGAAAACUGCCUGGAGAUGGAAUGAGACAAUGGUGAACUCCCCAUUAUUGGAGGUGUUCAAGUAUAGGCUGAGCGGUGACUAUUAUGAAAGCUGUAUGACAGUCCCAAACAUCAACGGGGUGCUUAGAUUCUUUCAUCUCGGGUCAGUUCCACACAAGACAGGCUCUGUGUCAGUGAGGACCCAGUGGUGGUUUUGAACAGGUGGCAGGAAAACAAUGGUAUAUAAAAUAAAUGCAGAGAAAGAUCUCCACAUCAAGCCAACCCCUCCUCCUUACCUGUAAGUUUUCCAUGUGCGUGAGCUCUGGGCUCCCAAUUGCACUUGUCAAACUCCCAUUGUUAGAGCAGAGAUAAAUGCUUCCGGCCACCCAAGCAGGAGGGGCCCACCUCAACUUGAGGGCUGCUCUAUUUUAGUUUUCCAUAGCUGGAGAUUGAGUAUCACGCUUUUCUAAUCUUGUGCUUCUGAAAGGGCCCUGUUCUCUCUUGAACCCUACCCACUCCUUUCACAGAUCAAAUACCAAGUACAUCAGACAGAUAGAAGCUCGAAUGGGAAAAUGCAUUUUAAUAAAACCCCAUUGAUUUUUGUGGAUGCAAGUCAAAGAACGGGCACCUAAAGAGUCUUCCAUCCCCUGCCACCUCCCCCCUCUCUCCUGGCCUACACCGGGCGGUCACACAUCAAUUGGCUUCCUAGAUAAUAGAUCGUGCCACCCGGUAGGGACCUCUGGGGACGCGCCGGGAGCUGGAAGAGUCGCACGCAGCAGCCCAGCCCUGAGUUAAUCAAACUAGCAACAGGAUCUCGAGCAGCAGCAGCAGCAGCGACCGCGGUGGCAAGAGUAGCGGCGGCGGCGGCGGCGGCGGCGGCGGCAGCGUUAUGCGUGAUUACUGACAGGCACCAGCUGCUGCCGCCACAGCCGUCUCAAACGCACUAUGUGGACUCUCCGAUCUAGAGGCAGAUUCCUGACUAAUCCCAGAGGGCUGGCCCAGCCUGUGCUCCCCGGGCUGCUAGGAAGCGAUGACCACUCUUGUUAGCCCAAGUUGAAGAAAGCCGGGCUGUGCCUGGGCGCCGGGAGAGGCUAUAAUAUUUAGAAGCCGCACAGGAGAGGAACAUGAACUGAAGAGUAAACAUGUAUGGAAAUUAUUCUCACUUCAUGAAGUUUCCCGCAGGCUAUGGAGGCUCCCCUGGCCACACUGGCUCUACAUCCAUGAGCCCAUCGGCAGCCUUGUCCACGGGGAAACCAAUGGACAGCCACCCCAGCUACACGGACACCCCAGUGAGUGCCCCACGGACUCUGAGUGCAGUGGGGACCCCCCUCAAUGCCCUGGGCUCUCCAUAUCGAGUCAUCACCUCUGCCAUGGGCCCACCCACAGGAGCGCUGGCAGCCCCUCCAGGAAUCAACCUGGUGGCCCCACCUAGCUCUCAGCUAAAUGUGGUCAACAGUGUCAGCAGUUCAGAGGACAUCAAGCCCUUAGCAGGGCUUCCCGGGAUUGGAAACAUGAACUACCCGUCCACCAGCCCUGGAUCGCUGGUUAAACACAUCUGUGCCAUCUGUGGAGACAGAUCCUCAGGAAAGCACUAUGGGGUGUACAGUUGUGAAGGCUGCAAAGGGUUCUUCAAGAGGACGAUAAGGAAGGACCUCAUCUACACAUGUCGGGAUAAUAAAGAUUGCCUCAUUGACAAGCGUCAGCGCAACCGCUGCCAGUACUGUCGCUAUCAGAAGUGCCUUGUCAUGGGCAUGAAGAGGGAAGCUGUGCAAGAAGAAAGACAGAGGAGCCGGGAGCGAGCUGAGAGUGAGGCAGAAUGUGCCAGUAGUGGUCAUGAAGACAUGCCCGUGGAGAGGAUUCUAGAAGCUGAACUUGCUGUUGAACCAAAGACAGAAUCCUGUGGUGACAUGAACAUGGAGAACUCGACAAAUGACCCUGUUACCAACAUAUGUCAUGCGGCUGACAAGCAGCUUUUCACCCUCGUUGAAUGGGCCAAGCGUAUUCCCCACUUCUCUGACCUCACCUUGGAGGACCAGGUCAUUCUGCUUCGGGCAGGGUGGAAUGAAUUGCUGAUUGCCUCUUUCUCCCACCGCUCAGUUUCCGUGCAGGAUGGCAUCCUUCUGGCCACGGGUUUACAUGUCCACCGGAGCAGUGCCCAUAGUGCUGGGGUCGGCUCCAUCUUUGACAGAGUUCUAACUGAGCUGGUUUCCAAAAUGAAAGACAUGCAGAUGGACAAGUCGGAGCUGGGGUGCCUGCGAGCCAUUGUGCUCUUUAACCCAGAUGCCAAGGGCCUCUCCAACCCCUCUGAGGUGGAGACUCUGCGAGAGAAGGUUUAUGCCACCCUCGAGGCCUACACCAAGCAGAAGUAUCCGGAACAGCCAGGCAGGUUUGCUAAGCUGCUGCUGCGCCUCCCAGCUCUGCGCUCCAUUGGCUUGAAAUGCCUGGAGCACCUCUUCUUCUUCAAGCUCAUCGGGGACACCCCCAUUGACACCUUCCUCAUGGAGAUGUUGGAGACCCCACUGCAGAUCACCUGAGCCCCACCAGCCACAGCCUCCCCACCCAGGAUGACCCCUGGGCAGGUGUGUGUGGACCCCCACCCCGCACUUUCCCCCACCUCCCACCCUGACCCCUUUCCUGUCCCCAAAAUGUGAUGCUUAUAAUAAAGAAAACCUUUCUACACAUGAGACUUUUAUAGGUGGACUUUUGUAUAGAUGUUAAAGGUAAUACUCGUUGCUGUCUGCAGGGCUGGGGGACUUUCUGGAAGUUCUUGGGAAAACUAACCAAGCCUCUGUACAUACAAUUGGUUUAAAUUAUUUUUUCACUUGCCCUGGAAAGCAAACAAAUGAGUAAUAAAAUAAUAUAUAUGAAAUUGGCA